AUGUUCUUACAAGAUAACGAACUGUUAGCUCUCGAACUACCAUUCGCUUUCUUACCAGGACAAGUAAAUUCAUUAUUAAAUAUACUGGAAGAAACCUAUGGCGUUGUGUCAAGUGAAUGGCUCAACAGUACAAGGAGCGACGUUCUAUAUGAGCCUAAAUUAGCUAUUCAAAAAUCUCUUAUUCCUGUUUUAAUCGAGAUACAAGCAACGGUGGACGAAAAAUUUAGGCCAACACUACAUACACUAGAAAAUCCACCAGAAAAUAGGCUAAUACUACGGUCGCUCCCUUGGAACACUGCAUGUGGAGUCACUAUACAACUUCAAAUUACUAAAGCCUCUGCUUAA